CGCGCUGUGCAGCUGGGCCAGUGACGCUGGCUCGGCGGCCGCCGCGUUCCAUCCUCCGAAGCCGGCCCCCGCUCGCGUCCUGCUCCUCCCGUAGCGUCCGCCAGCAAAGCGCCAGUCCGGGGCACGCGAGGUGUCGCGGAGACCCGACAGGGAGUGCAAGCAGGCGGGCGGGCGUGUGCGCGCAGCGGCGGCGACGGAGCGGGUUCGGCGGCGCGGGAGCUGCGAGCGCCCCCUUCCCGGAGGUCUCGGCGCGACUCCCCGGUGAAGCUACUUCUGGCUGGCUUUAGGAUUCUCAUUUCUGGAUUUUAAAGUCUUUCUUUUUUAAAAAAAAAAAAAUAAAUAAAUAAAAAACAUCGGACGGAUAAAAGAUGUGCCAUGGCAGGAUAGCACCAAAGAGCAACUCAGCAUUUGUUGUGACCUCCGUGGGGCAUGGAGUGUUUCUUCAGCUAGUGAUCCUUAGCACCCUGCUUGGAGAUGGAUUAACCUCUGUGUGUCCUCUGCCCCCAGAGCCAGAGAAUGGUGGCUACAUUUGCCACCCCCGACCCUGUAAAGACCCCUUGACAGCAGGCAGUGUCAUCGAGUACCUAUGUGCAGAAGGCUACAUGUUGAAGGGCGACUACAAAUACCUGACCUGCAAGGAUGGCGAGUGGAAGCCGGCCAUGGAGGUUAGCUGUCACCUCAAUGAAGACAAAGAAACGCACACGUCCCUUGGGGUCCCUGCGCUGUCCAUAGUGGCUUCCACUGCCAGCUCUGUGGCACUCAUUCUUCUCCUCGUGGUGCUGUUUGUACUGCUGCAGCCAAAGCUGAAGUCUUUCCAUCAUAGCAGGCGUGACCAGGGAGUUUCUGGUGACCAAGUCUCCAUUAUGGUGGAUGGGGUCCAGGUUGCACUACCUUCAUAUGAGGAAGCUGUGUAUGGCAGUUCUGGUCACUGCAUGCCACCGGCUGACCCUAGAGUACAGAUCGUUCUGUCGGAAGGGUCUGCACCAAGUGGGAGGAAUGUGCCAAGGGAGCAGCAGCUACAGGGCCAGGGUGCCUGUUCUUCUGCAGGUGGAGAGGAUGAGGCCCCUGGCCAUUCUGGGCUGUGUGAAGCCUGGGGUUCCCAGGGCUCAGAGACUGUGAUGGUGCACCAGGCAACCACAUCUUCCUGGGUGGCCGGCUCAGGGAGCAGCCGGCUGACACACAAAGACACUGCAGAUUCGGAGAACAGUGACAUACAAAGCCUUUUAUCCCUCACAUCAGAGGAGUACACAGAUGAUAUCCCACUGUUGAAAGAAGCAUGAGGACUGCCACUGGCCUCUCUCCUCUCUGCCCAUCCUCUCUCCUCCCGUGGGUUUGAGUACAAUGUCCUCUCCAGUUGCCCUACCUGGAUGCCUGAGCUGCCACCUGUGUAUCUGUGUGUAUCUGAGGGCCUGCAGGCCACCCCACUGGAUACUCAAGGAAGAUUCUCACCAUCUGCCCACAGCUGGAUGACCUGGCUCUUUGCCUGGCCCAGCCUUCCCAUCUGUCAGGGACAUGUCUGAAUGUGCUGGAUUGAACCCUCCCUUUCCCCGAGCCUCUGGGUCCCUUCCAGCCAGCUCUCUGGUGGCCGCCCCACAGCCAUGAGGGCCUGAGCACUGCUAUGUUUACUUGUGCCUUCCCCCACCCUGUCCAGGUUCCCUGUUGUGCAGGUGGGUUGCUGUUCACAGGCCUUCGUGGCUGUUGCCACCUGUACACAGGGGCUGGGCCUGGGACUGCAGAAACAGAUUGAACAGUAAGGCCCUCAGAGCAGGAGUGAUUCUUUUCGGGGCCAGAAUAUGGGUCCCUGAGCUUGCCCUGUGUGUUGACACUGAUGGCAUCUUCCUUGACUGAGGAUAGGUUUGGGAAGCCAUGCCAAACAUACUCAGCACUCAGCUGUCCAGCCCAGGUGCAGCCUCCUGGCUCUUUGAGUUUCCAAGAAGCACCCAGAAGACCUGUGGGAGGGAAGGAGUUGUCAGAUAAUGAUUGUCUUCCUAAUAUGCAAGUUCUCACUUCCUGCUUCCAGCAUUGGCUGCCUUGGCCUUGGACUCUGUUCCUGGUUAAGGGGAAGUUGCAUGCUGUCUCCUGGACUUUGUCCUAGGUAGCUCUGGCUUCCUUGCAGUCCACAGAACCCUGAGAUUUGCGAGAUGCCAACAAAAGCUCAUCUGGGUUUUGGCAUUCUGGGCAAGUUGCCCAAUUCUAGGUUUGUGGUGAUGGAGGGGAGGUUGAGAGGUACAGACCAAGUUCCCCGUGGCUGCAGGCAGCUCCGACCAGGUCCCGAGGGGCCCCCUCGCCACAGUCAUGUGCCUUAGCAACUCUGCCCAGUCACUGCUUCUCCUACUCUCCUCCAUGCUCCCCGGCUUUGCAAGCUUUGUGGGUUGUGGGUACUCAGAAGCCUGAGAUACAGGCCUGGGAGUGAGAAAGCACUGUCACUGUGCUGGGUCCUCCACAGCACUGAAUGCCUGGGUAGCUGAGCCCCACCAGGCUUCUGCCAUCUUGAGAAGACAGAUGUGGUGUUAAUGAGUUCUCUCUCUUGCUUGCUUGCUCUCUCUCUCUCUCUCUCUCUCUCUCUCUCUCUCUCUCUCUCUCUCUCUCUCUCUCUCUCUCUCUCUCUCUCUCUCUUUCUCUCUGUCUCUCCCUCCCUCAAGCCUCAAGGCUGGGAAACGUCAGAGCCAAUCCUGGACUGUACCUAUGAUGUUUC